GAGCCGGGCUGCGGGGCCGCGGCCGUGCCAGCGCCGUCCCUGCGCCCUUCCCUGCCGGCCCUGGCACUGCCCUGCCGCCGGGGCCGGGCUGCCCUUCCGCGGGGCUCGGCAACCUGGCGCGUUUCCCGGCGGCUGCAGCUGGAGAUGGCAUGGGAACAGUGAUUGGGAGGUGCUGCCGACUUUCUGCUGCUCCCUGGACUCUGUUUCUGGAAGCAGGAGCAGGCGCUCCCAGGAGCUGAUGGAUUAGUGGCAGCAGGCUCUGGAGGGGCUGGAAGGAGCAUGGUCAAACACCAACCCCUGCAGUACUACGAGCCCCAGCUAUGUCUGUCCUGUCUGACCGGGAUCUACGGCUGCCGCUGGAAACGGUACCAGCGGUCACAUGAUGACACCACCAAGUGGGAGCGCCUCUGGUUCCUCAUCCUCACCUCAUCCUUCUUCCUCAUCCUGGUGUGGUUUUACUUCUGGUGGGAAGUUCACAAUGACUACAAUGAAAUCAACUGGUUUUUAUAUAACCGAAUGGGAUACUGGAGUGACUGGUCCAUUCCAAUCCUUGUAACAACUGCUGCUGGCUUUACCUACAUCACAAUGUUACUGAUCCUGGCACUGUGUCACAUAGCUGUGGGACAGCAGAUGAACCUGCACUGGCUGCACAAGAUUGGCCUGGUGACAACCUUGAUAACUACUGUGGUGACCAUGUCAUCGAUAGCACAGCUUUGGGAUGAUGAGUGGGAGAUGGUUUUUAUUUCAUUGCAGGCCACAGCCCCUUUCUUGCAUAUAGGAGCCCUGGCAGCUGUCACAGCACUGUCGUGGUUGGUGGCAGGGCAGUUUGCACGGACAGAGAAAGCCACCUCCCAGAUGCUGAUGUUCACUGCAUACCUGGCAGUUGUGGUUGCACUUUACCUCGUGCCCCUGGCCAUCUCCUCGCCCUGCAUCAUGGAGAAGAAGGCCCUGGCACCCAGGCCAGCCAUCCUGGGGCACCGUGGGGCUCCCAUGCUGGCACCAGAGAACACUCUGAUGUCCUUCCAGAAGGCAGUGGAGCAGAAGGUGUCUGGAGUGCAGGCUGAUGUGGUACUGAGCUAUGAUGGGGUGCCCUUUCUGAUGCAUGACAAGACUCUCAGGAGAACAACCAACGUGGAGGAGCUGUUCCCAGAGCGCGCCUAUGAGCACUGCUCCAUGUUCAACUGGACUGACCUGGAAAAGCUCAACGCUGGGGAGUGGUUCCUGCAGAAUGACCCUUUCUGGACAGCAGGGUCUCUGUCAAGGGCUGACUACUUGGAGGCUGCCAACCAGUCAGUCUGCAAGCUGGAAGAUAUGCUGGAGGUGAUCAAGGACAACACAUCCCUCAUCCUGAACUUCCAGGAUCUGCCAGCAGCUCAUCCCUACUACAGCACUUACAUCAACAUCACCCUGGAAACCAUCCUGGCAUCGGGGAUUCGGCAGCAGGCUGUGAUGUGGCUGCCAGACACGGAGAGGCAGCUGGUCAGGCAGGUUGCUCCUGGUUUCCAGCAGACUUCUGGCCUGAAGCUGGACGCAGAGCGCCUGAGGGAGAAGGGCAUCGUGAAGCUCAACCUGCGCUACACCAAGGUCACCAACGAGGAGGUCAGGGACUACAGCAUGGCCAACCUGAGUGUGAACCUGUACACGGUGAACGAGCCCUGGCUGUUCUCCAUCCUCUGGUGCGCCGGCGUCCCCUCGGUCACCUCCGACAGCUCCCACCUCCUCCGCAAGGUGCCUUUCCCCAUCUGGCUCAUGCCUCCAGACGAGUACCACCUAAUCUGGAUCACGUCUGAUCUCAUUUCAUUUCUUGUAAUUGUAGGAGUUUUUAUAUUCCAGAACUAUCACAUGAUCAGGUGGCGCCUGGGCAGCAUCAGGACCUACAACCCCGAGCAGAUCAUGCUCAGCGCCGCCGUGCGCCGCUCCAGCCAGGACGUCAAGAUCAUGAAGGAGAAGCUGAUCUUCUCAGAGAUCAACAAUGGCGUGGAGAGCACGGACGAGCUGUCCUUCUGCUCCGAGAACGGCUUUGCCAACGAGCUGGUGACGCCCACGGACACCAAGCUGCGCAUCAACUGAGGCUCUGCCACCAACUGAGGCUCUUCCAUCACCUGAGGCUCUGCCACCAACUGAGGCUCUUCCAUCACCUGAGGCUCUGCCGUGCUCCUGCAGCGAGAGCCGUGCUCUCCUGCCUCCCUCCCCUGGGAUGGGAACCUCUGAGGAACUGCUGCUCAGGCAGAAACCCGCUCCCACUCCCCACCACUGGCUGCUCCACCUCCCUGGUUGUGAGGCUGGGGGGCUUGUUUUUGUAAAUAUGUAGAAAAUCUGAAUUUUUUUUUGUCUUUUUUUUUUUUUUUUGAGUGUAAUUUUUCCAGGGCAUGAGUGGAAAUACUGUGUUCAUUAAAUCCUCAACCUUAUGGAUGAAGUUUUUGGAUCUUGAUGUGAGAGCCUGAGUCCCCUUGGGGGUUUUUGGGAGCAACACAUUGGACCCAUUGGACCUGUGUCCCAUUUCUCCCCCUUUCCCUAAUCCAGUCCUUCCCCUGGUGCAGCGACUGUGUAGCUGAAUGUUGUGAUGUUCUUGUGAAGUGUUGAUUUUGUUACGGUUUCUUUUCUUUUGUUUCUCCCCCGUUCCCCUUUUCCUGGGCAAUGACAUUGUAGCUCUGAUGCAACAGGAGGCUGUUGGGAGAAGAGAAGCUUGCCUAGGAGAGGAAUUCUCUCUGCUCUCCCCUGCUGAGGUUCAGAGCCAGGGAAGGGCUUGCACUGGCUCAGUCACUUGGGCACCUGCUCCUUGUCCCAUCCUCCUUCCCCAAAGCCUGGCUGCUCCAUGGGGAAUGGCCUUCUUGAAAUGUCCUGCCAGAGUUUUGAAGGCAAAUCCUGAGCAUUGGCUGCAGAUUGGUCUCUGCUGGCAGCAGUUCUUGAUUUGUAUUUUUUUCCCCCUUUUUUUGUCUCUUCUCCCCAGGCUGGGCUCUGCUGGGAGCCGCCACGGCUUGUGACAGGCAAUGCCACGGGCACCAUCACUGCUGGGAUCUGGCUGAAGUGCCUGCCACUCCAAGUGGCAUUUGCAGUCACUCCUUGCUUCCCUGCUGGAAGAGGAGGUGGUGGUGCACUGGGAGCUUCCCCCUCUCCGGGCUGAGGAGAUGCCCCUGGGUGAAGAAGUUGUAAAUAGUCUGGAAGGCAAAGCAGCCCUGGGAUAUAAUUUAUUCCUGCAAGGAGACCUUUGUUCCUUGCUGUAAAAGCAGGAUCCUUAAAGCUGCACACUCGUGUCCUCCAAAGGAGUGAUGGUCUUGCUGCAGAUCCUGAUGGGAUCUCAAGGCAGAGGCUCCCAUCAGCAAGUUUCCAAUGCAAAAGGCUUUAACCCAAAAUACUAGACCAGAGGUUAUAAGUAAAAAUAAAAAGGUAAAAAAUGAAAAAAAAUAGAGGAGAAUGCAGUCUGGGGAAUGCUGAUAUACAUCACAUUCCACACCCAAAGCCACGAGAGAAACAGCCCUGAGCAGUUUCUUCUUGUUUUGGAACUGCUCUAUCCUUUUAAGCUGAAAUCCAGUGGCAUUUUGAAACCCUGGAGUUCAGGCUUAGUGUCUUAAGAGUUGGGGGCAAAAGUGACCAACUUAACUGUGUGGAAAAAAAACAUGUUGAUAAUGACAAUGUGAAUUUUGAUGCUUUAAAAAGCACCACCCAAAAUCAAUUGCAUCUCCCCCAGGUUUUUAUGAGUGUAAGUGGAAUAAGCUCUUCCUCUUACCUUCCCCAAAUACUGGCCUUCUCCAUGGUACUCUCAAGUCCCUGAAAUGCAGCGUGUCUUGUUCUGCAGAACUGCAAGAUUUUGGUGGAUUUGAAGGCAUUUUGAGAACGAAGUUGCUUCUCCCUUUGAUGUGGUGCUGUAUUGAACCAUUCCUGGUGGAUUGUCAUUGCCAAGUGAGAGAUGUUGUUAAACCUCAGCACCUGUUGGUGAUCACCUGCAUGUUCUGUUUGUAUCCUUGGAGAUGACUUUAUUGAAAGGUUAAUGUGCUUAAAAGCUUGAAAGUGAUAAAAGCAAACCAACAAAGAGUUGUUUUCACAAUUAAUUUUUUUUUCUUUUAUUUAAACACGACCCAAAUUUCAUUCAUAAUGCACUGACUGUUAUUGUCCUGAAUAUUUGCUACCUUUUUUUUGAGAAAAAAAAACCAGAGGACGAUACUUUUUUGAUGAGACUAGACCUAGAUCAAAAUAAACUCUGCAAUGCUCUGUGAAAUAAACUGUCAGUAUUCC